AGUUUGUGGUAAAAUAAUAUUGUAUUGAAAUGGCCGCUCGCUCGUAUGAUGGAAUGUCUACCUCUCACACGGCCGUCGACAUCAGAAUCAAGCGUAAUUGGGCUCAAAGAUGGGUUGAUCUUGUGGAUUCCUCCAAGUGGCUGGCGGUAUUCUUUUGUGAAGCGGAGACUAUCAAACCAACUAUUCCUAAUAAGGAGGACAGUCGAGGAUUGAAGGGCUUUUGGAAAGAGUUUGUUUGGUUCAUAAGUUCGGUGAUUCGAGGCAUGGCUCAGCUUACUUGGAACGAUAAUAUAUGGACGGGACUUGGUAUCUUAUCUGGUGCAUGCGUUGGCAAUUGGUGUGUCGGCAUAUGUGCAUUCAUUGGAUGUUGUUACACCACUGGUUUCCCUCUACUAUUCGGACCACCUGAAUUGAAGCCACUCGUAGGGUCUGGAAUAUACGGUUUGAACGGUACCCUUCUUGGCAUGGCUAUGGGCUGUUUUGAUGCUAGAGCCUCUCAGGCUAGGACCUUCGAUGAGGUGAUGCUAAGCUGCUGUCGACUCUUCCUACCACUCAGCUUUAUGGCGGUGUUCUGUGCUGUAGUCACACAGUGGCUCAAUUCUAAAUGGACUGCCAAGACGGGCAUCCCAGCAUGCUCCUGGCCAUACAACGUUUCGAUGUGGACAUGGAUUGCAUGUGCUACUCUUACGACGAACUUCCAGACUAUCUAUACAGCGAAUCCUCCGUCGGCUCCUCAGUACGGUGAUGUCACGGCUGAGUGGUUCUUCCGCAGUUGGAUGACCGGCAUCUCACAGAUGAUGUUCAGUUUGAAUAUGUGGUCUGGUUUUUGCCUCUUGGUCGGGGCGUUUAUAGGGUCUCCUUCCUCAUGCUUCCUCACUAUAUGGGGAUCUCUAAUUGGAGUGGUUACUGGUGUCCUCUUGGGAAUGCCGUUCAACUCUAUUAUAGGCCUGGGAGUGAUUGGCUUCAAUCCGAUAAUAUAUGCAACUGGUAUGGGAGGUCAAUUCGUGGCCCCGAGUCUGGUUGGUUUCAUCUGGAUGACGUUCGGCUGCGUUAUGUGUGGCAUUUUGGCGCAGUUGGCUACCAAUCUAGCUGUCCUCCCUUGGGGCGGCGGGUCGUAUUCGGUGCCCUUCACGGUAGUGGUGACGUUUAUGUUUGGUCUGUUCCAGGAGGAUCUGGUGGCCAGGGCAACGAGUAAACAGUUGGAGCUCAUUAUACGGGCACUCUAUCAAUGUAAUCCACAGAUGAGGGAGAAGGGGGAUCUGGCUGCUGCUAUAUGGCAUGCAGUGGGAAUGCUUUGUUUACAUCGAGCAUCUGCCGCGGCAGCCACAGCUGGGCUGCCUGGUGCUGGUAACACUAGUCCGAGGAAAGGCUCGCCGAUGGCAGGGUCGAGGGCAACAUCACCAGCGGGGGAGCUGAGAAAUCUAUUGUUGAACUCUAAGGAAUGGCAAGUUGCUGCUGGUGUGGUAUUCUCUAUAGCACAUGUUAUUAAUUCGCUAUACGCGGAUAAGUGUGGGAGAGUAGACCAGAAAUCCCUCCUUAUGGCCCUUACGUUAGCAACCACUCCCAAUAGUCUCACCGAGACGGAGCUCGUUGGCAUCUCUCGCCUGCAGCAAAGCAUUUUGGCCAAUCUGCCGGCGAAGGCGCUUAUUGAUGAGGUUGCUCCGAGUUUGAUCGAUCCCUAUGUUAAAAAUUUGAAGCCCCUCAUCGACCUGACGCACCCAUCUAUCUUGGAUGCCUCACGGCUUCCGAUAUUUGAACGAAGUGCAUUAAGAUAUGCCCUCCAGGGGUACAGCUCCCGGCUGUGUUUAUUUGCUGAUGCCCAUUUAUUGGCGUUGACGUCUAUAGCAUUGGCCUCGACAGAAUUCGGCAUCAACGUUACACAGCUCGCCAACCCUUACCGUCCGAAUGUGCCUUGGUAUCAGCUCGUUGGUGGAGACUCUCCAGCCGCUCAGAGAGCGAGGCGUAAUGGGAUGUCGACUGAGUCAGACUUGCACGUUGCAGUGCAGUUGUUGUUGAAGUAUUGCAGGACGGCGGCUUCCUCUGCAGCUAGGAGGGCGGCAAUAGCUGAGGCUGUGGUGGCCGGUUCGUCUAGGCGCAUGCCUGAGGUGAUGGCUUCUGGUGGCAUGGCGGUCAACAGAAGGAUGGAAUUCGACAGUUAUCAACCAUUGGGAAUAUCAAUCUUGGGAGAUAGAGUUGUCGGAGUAGAUGCAGGGCGACAAGCAGCGAGUGUUGGCGUGCGGGUGGGCUGGCGACUUGUGAGGGUUAAUGAGCAUCCUUUUUCCGGCGAAAUUCUGCGGGAUGUUAUCGCGGCGAAAAAAAGGUGCUCGAUUGAAUUUGAGAUACCAGGAGAGGAGCUAGGCAGCAUGUUCGGAGGGGGUCUUACGACGACCGAUUCUGGAAGCACUACAGUGACGACGGCUGGCAGUGGCGGAAGCAGUAGUAAUGAUAGGUUCCACCACCCGGGUGGCACUUUAAUGGGAAUUGCUCGUGGUGGUGGUGGUGGUGGUGGUAAGAGGAAGCAACCGGGCGAGGGUCGUCAGCAGAAGGUGGCGGCGGCGAGUCCGACUAAGAAGAAACGGACGGCAGCGGGUAAGAAAGCGGCAGCAACUGGGAAAGGAAAGAAGGUUGUAUCAUCAGCUGAAGGAUCUGUGGCUGCGGCGACGUCAGCAGAAGUGGCGGCUGCGGCAAUGGCGGCAGUGGGGCUUAUGAAGGAAUCGGGAACAGAGGAAGGAGGGGAUGCUGGAGGAGCAACAGUUUUGGGGGACUUAUCUGUCUAUCCCCCAGCUCAAAGAGAAGGGCCUCCUGAGCUGCUGAAUGCCAUCCCAUCGCUUUCUUCCUUGGCUGCCCCACCGGACGCGAAUACUAAGAUAUCUGACGGUACCUCGAUAGAAGCAUCCCCUCCAAUGUCGCCUACUGGACUACCGACGGCUAUGGACGGUACCUCGAUAGAAGCAUCCCCUCCAUUGUCGCCUACUGGACUACCGACGGCUAUGGACGGUACCUCAAUAGGAGCAUCCCCUCCAUUGUCGCCUACUGGACUACCGACGGCUAUGGACGGUACCUCGAUAGGAGCAUCCCCUCCAUUGUCGCCUAUUGGUCUACCGACGGCUAUGGACGGUACCUCGAUAGAAGCAUCCCCUCCAUUGUCGCCUACUGGUCUACCGACGGCUAUGGACGGUACCUCGAUAGAAGCAUCCCCUCCAUUGUCGCCUACUGGUCUACCGACGGCUAUGGACGGUACCUCGAUAGAAGCAUCCCCUCCAUUGUCGCCUACUGGUCUACCGACGGCUAUGGACGGUACCUCAAUAGGAGCAUCCCCUCCAUUGUCGCCUACUGGACUACCGACGGCUAUGGACGGUACCUCGAUAGAAGCAUCCCCUCCAUUGUCGCCUACUGGUCUACCGACGGCUAUGGACGGUACCUCAAUAGGAGCAUCCCCUCCAAUGUCACCUACUGGUAUGCAGAUGACGGCUAUGGACGGUACCUCGAUAGAAGCAUCCCCUCCAAUGUCACCUACUGGUCUACCGACUGCUAUGGACGGUACCCCAAUAGAAGCAUCCCCUCCAAUGUCACCUACUGGUCUACCGACGGCUAUGGACGGUACCUCGAUAGAAGCAUCCCCUCCAUUGUCACCUACUGGUAUGCAGAUGCCGGUUAUGAGCGGUACCUCAAUAGAAGCAUCCACUCCAUUGUCGCCCUCUGCUGGGUCACUGCCACCGGGACUGACGGUUGAGCAAGAAGAAGACCUAAUAGGAAGUCCCGAUAUUGGUGGGGCGGUUCAGCAGUCCCCUGCGGGUGUAGCUACUACAACAACAGUACUACAAAACCGAGGAGGGAAGGGGGAUGUAUGA